AUGGCCCAGCGAAGCCCAAUCUUCCCAACUCUUGCCCCUUCUGAAAGACGGGUUCGAAACAUAGCGCUGCAUAGCCAGGCAUUGACAGCGGUCCCACUGGCAUCUGCGAGCCUGGUGGAUCAGCUGGAAGACAGAAUCCUAAGCCAUGAGAAAACAACAGCGGCUCUUGUGGAACACGCUUUUCGCAUUAAGGAGGACAUUGUUUCCACUCUGCACAGAAUGCAGAACAAAGGGGGGGGUGACCGGUUGGCUAGGCAACUCUUGGAAGAACAUAUCCGAAACAUAACGGCAAUAGUGAGGCAGCUUAAUCGGGACAUUGAGAUGCUGCAGGAACAGAUACGUGUCAGAGACAAUCUCAGCUAUGGAACAAAUUCUACCCUGAAGAGUCUGGAAAUGCGGCAGCUUUCUGGUUUAGGAGAUCUUCGGGGAAGAGUUGCAAGGUGUGAUGCUGGGUUAGCCAGACUGUCUGCAGAACAUAAAAUUACCUAUGAAAGACUUCAGAGCUUAAGUAAAGACCAACAGACCUCCAAACUCAUCUUGGAAUCUAAAAUCAAAGAGGCAGAAAUACAGAUUUCUCAUCUUCUGAGCAGAGUAGAGCAAUCAAUAAUGCAACAAGAAGCAAAGCUGAAGAUCGCUUACAAAGAGAGCAACCAACAGCUCCACCUUCUGGAUAUGAAAUUGAAAAAUGCCAUUGAGGAACUCAGCAGCCAGAUUCUGUCUGCACGUAGCUGGUUGGAACAGGAACACGAAAGGAUUGAAAAAGAGCUUGUGCAAAAGAUUGACCAACUCUCAUCGACUUUCAAGGAAAAAACUGAAAUGAGUGAAAGAGCCAUAGAGAUGAAAUUCAACCAAAUGGCAGAGAAAAUUGACAAAAUAGAAGAAAUACAGAAGAUAACCAUGGAAGCACAUGAAGCAAAACAGACUGAAGAAAAGAUAAAUAUUCGCAUUGGCAAACUUCAAAAUGAGAUAAAUGAAGAUAUAAAAGAAAUGAAAGCUGAAGUUAAUGCUGGAUUUGCAGCUAUCUAUGAGAGCAUUGGGUCUCUACGGCAAGUUCUAGAAGCGAAAAUGAAGCUGGACAGAGACGAACUACAGAAGCAGAUCCACCAAAUGAAGCAGGAGGUUCCAACAUGGGGAGAGGCUGGACCAUGACUGCAAGAUUUUGUCUGAGGGAUUAAUGUUUACCUGGCUAAAAAGGCAGACUGUAAUCUUGUUCCAGUCUGUAAUCCAAAUUAAAUGCAUGUACCAAAUGACAUGCUGCUGUUGCACAGGUCCGUAUGUUUACUCAAAGCGGUAAGUGCAAGCUCUUCAUAGAUCAGCUGAGAACAAGCUUUUAGGCAUGAGGUGCUGAUUUGCCACUGCACUACUCUAGUUGCUCUCAGGAGAUUAAACACCGUGUAAAACUGGAGUAAUAUACUGGUGAAGCUGGCACCUAAUUUGCUAAAGGCAUUCCAGUUUCACAGGCGUGAUCAGACAAGUAAACACUUAUAUAUAUUUAAGCACCUGCACAUCCCCCUUAUGAAAAAAAAAAA